CAGUUUGCCCAGACCAUGCUCUUUGCCAUUGAGGAGAUAAAUAACAGAACGGACCUACUGCCAGGUAUUUCUCUCGGAUACAGCAUAUAUGACACGUGUGGUUCCAUUCCCAGAAGCAUAAAAGUUGCGCUUGCUUUGAACAAUCGCAAUGAAAGUGUGUCUUCAAGCUCUGACACUCCAUGCACCAAACCUGUACAAGUUCAGGCGAUAGUGGGAGAAACUUCGUCAUCUCCCAGCACUGCGAUAUCGACUCUCAUCGGACCAUUUCACAUACCACUGAUCAGCCACUUUGCCACAUGUGCCUGUCUCAGUGAUAAAACCAAGUAUCCAUCCUUUCUAAGAACCGUACCCAGUGACUACUAUCAGAGCAGAGCUCUGGCUCAGCUGGUCAAACGUUUCGGCUGGACUUGGGUCGGAGCCGUCCGAAGCAAUGAUGAUUAUGGCAACAACGGCAUCGCUGCAUUCACAGAAACUGCAGAGCAGCUGGGCAUCUGCUUGGAAUAUUCUGUCUCUUUCUUCAGAACGGAUUCAACGGAAAAAAUACAAAAGGUGAUCAACACUAUAAAGACGUCCACCUCAAAGGUGAUUAUCGCCUUCGUCGCACACUUGGACAUGGACGUGCUGAUACAUGAGUUGUCAAACCACAACAUGACCGGGUACCAGUGGGUGGGAAGUGAAGGGUGGAUCUCCGAUUCUCAGUUUGCAGCAGUGGAUAAGAAUCGCAUCCUGGACGGAGCGAUCGGCGUUUCCAUUCCUAAAGCUCAUGUGAGCGGACUCGAAGAGUUCAUGUUUGACGUGAGGCCACUCAGAUCCUUGAAUAGCGACUUGUACACAGAGUUCUGGGAGACGUUGUUUAGCUGCAAGUUCAAGCGGGAGAAAUCAGAUGAAAAUGACAGAGAAUGUACUGGACAUGAGGAUCUGACUGGAGUGGAGAACAGCUUCACUGACAUGUCCCUCAUGCCCAUUUUUAACAAUGUGUACAAGGGAGUGUAUGCAGUGGCUCACGCUCUGCAUGACAUUCUCGGAUGUGAUAAAACCUGCAACAACAAUACAAAGGUUACAGAGAAGUGCACUAAGGCAGAUGUCCAUAUUUUGCAGCAUAUUCAAAAGAUUCACUUCAAGACAAAGGAGGGAGAAGAGGUUUACUUUAACGAGAACGGAGAUCCAGCUGCAAAGUAUGAAAUUAUGCACUGGCAGCCAACAGAAAAUGGCACUUUGGACUUUGUCAUAGUUGGGGUCUAUGAUGCAUCAUUACCAUUUGACCAACAGCUGAGUCUUCAAAAUAAGGCCUUAAAAUGGGCGCAGGGCUCAACUAAGGUCCCUGUGUCGGUUUGCAGUGAGAAGUGUCCCCCAGGGACCCGGAAGGUUCUCCAGAAAGGAAAACCUGUUUGCUGCCAUGACUGUAUAGGAUGUGCCGAUGGAGAAAUAAGCAAUGUUACAGAUGCUGUCAUUUGUGUGAGAUGUCCCCCUGAAUUGUGGCCAAAUGAGAGAAGAGAUGCCUGUAUUAAAAAGGAGGCUGUUUUUCUAUCACAUGAAGAAAUUAUGGGCAUACUCCUCACCACUGCAGCCUUAUUUGGAACAUGUGUAACAGCCAUUGUGAUAGUAAUUUUUUUCAGAUACAGAAAAACUCCUCUUGUCAGAGCCAACAACUCUGAGCUGAGCUUCCUGCUGCUCUUCUCUCUGACUCUGUGUUUCCUCUGCUCUCUGACGUUCAUCGGCCAGCCCUCUAAGUGGUCCUGCAUGCUGCGCCACACGGCCUUCGGCAUCACCUUUGUGCUCUGCCUCUCCUGUGUUCUGGGGAAAACCAUGGUGGUUUUAAUGGCGUUCAAAGCUACACUUCCUGGGAGAAAUUUAAUAAAAUGGUUUGGACCUACGCAGCAGAGGCUGAGCGUUCUGGGUUUCACUCUCGUACAAGUGAUCAUCUGCAUCCUCUGGUUAAGCAUCUCUCCUCCUUUUCCAUCUAAAAAUUUUGAGGAAUUCAAAGAAAAAAUCAUCCUGGAGUGUGCCCUGGGCUCUGCUGUGGGUUUCUGGUCCGUCCUCGGUUACAUAGGACUUCUUGCCGUCUUGUGUUUUAUUUUUGCUUUUUUAGCUCGGAAGUUGCCCGAUAAUUUCAACGAAGCCAAAUUCAUCACCUUCAGCAUGCUGAUAUUCUGCGCUGUGUGGAUCACUUUCAUCCCGGCGUACGUCAGCUCUCCUGGAAAUUUCAGUGUUGCUGUGGAGAUCUUUGCUAUUCUUGCCUCCACUUUUGGGCUGUUAAUUUGUAUUUUUAUCCCAAAAUGUUAUAUCAUGUUACUGAAACCAGAGAAAAACACAAAAAAGAACAUGAUGGGGAAAGGGCCACAAAAGUCAUUCUGA